GGGAUUCAUGACUGACAGGCAUAAGGUCCUAUGGGGAAUAAGUAACGGACCAACUGGAGCUGGGAAACCCACCCAAAGGCAAUUAAGGGUAAAGGACGACAAAAAUAUUUGAUAAACGUUUUUUUCCUUCUCUCCUUCUUGACCGGGGAAGAAGAAGCGAUGGAGCUGGAAUGAAAGAAAGCGACCGUAUCUGGGAGGUAUGCUUCGGAAAAAGACUGCGAGACAUCCCGGGCGAAGAUCUGAUUUGGACCACAAGGCACUGAGGCAGAAAAAGUUGCAAAUAUCCGAGCGAGAAGCGGUCCCCAUCGUGUGGAAACAGCGUGGAAAAGUUGCAGAAGUUACACCAAAAUCUUCCAGGAGUUGGGAUAUUCGCGCAAUGACACGCACAUAGUGGAUAGACAAAAGUUUUUGGGAAUAUCUCCGGGAAACUUUCGAGGCGCACCAAGGACGUUAAAGUCGCUGUAUCCGACGCAAGGGAGAUAAGAUCACUCUAUCUGUAUCCUGUCCUUGCUGCCGCAGGGUCGAUGGGGGCCGCGCCGGGCUCGGGCUGGGAGGAGGGCGAGUUCGAGUUCAAGUUGGUGUUUGAGGAGGACCCGCCGCCGCGGCAGAGCCAGGGGCCAUCCCCGGUGCGCACAGCCGAGCCGGAGAGCUCCGUUCCCGGGGAGGAGAGUGAGGGCGCCCUGCUGCACCUGGAUCCCUCCAACAACAGCAGCGGCCUGGUUACAGAUAACCACAUGGCUGCCACUCAUGCAGGACACUCAAUCAACAUCCCCAGCCCGCCACCCUCGGCCAAUCAGCGAGCUGGGAUGCAUUCCCCGCCCCCACGGAGAGCCCCAGUCAGAGAGUUCAGUGGGACCUAUGAGAGCCUGCCGGCACGCUCUGUACAGGUUUCAGAGUCUCGUGUGGUCGAGUGUCCCAGCAUCCAGAUAACCACCAUUUCCCCUGAAGACGACCCAACACCUACCAUUUCCAGUUACUGGGACAUGGGCGGUGGUGGUGGGUGGGACCGAGAGCGCCUCUACCUCCCCCUGCUGGACCCCUUUACCUACCGCGACAGGUGCCCUGGCUCCCUCAGCCCCAGCCCCGCCUCCAGCCCCUCCUCCCGUGGCUGGCUGAGCCCCGCCUCCAGCUGUGACUCCCUGCUGGUGGAGGAGGAGGAGCUGAACGAGGCCACGAUCAACUUUGGGCUCUCGCCGUCCUCGAGGCCAACUUCCCCCGGGGGUAAAAAGCGUAGAAACUCCCCCCUGGCCUCCCCCUGUACUUCGCGGAGGGGCAGUUACUCAGAGGACCUGCAGGGAUGCAACCUCGAUGGCGGAGACUCCAUCACUCUGUCUCAAGCUUCGCCCAGCAGCUGUGAGCUCAGCAUCCCACAGAAAACCAGGAAGACGUCUUUGGAACAGUUGUCUCCCAGGGAGGUGGACCAGGAGCAGGCUCCAGGCCACAGCUCCCCCUGCCUGCUGCAAGAGUCCCAGCAGAUCAGGAGAGAGCCUCCCUCGUUGGGCAUGGACUACCUCUCUGUACCCCCUGCUCUAGCCUGGGGCCGGACCCGAGCCAGCGCCCACAGCCCUCUGUUCAGGUCUAACGCCUUGCCGCCACUUGACUGGCCACUGCCGUCCCAGUUUGAUCAGUACGAGCUGCGUAUUGAGGUGCAGCCCCGUCCCCACCACAGAGCCCACUAUGAGACCGAGGGGAGCAGAGGAGCUGUCAAGGCUGCACCAACGGGACAUCCUAUAGUCAAGCUGUGUGGAUACACAGAGAGGAAGCCGCUCUCCCUUCAGGUUUUCGUUGGAACAGCUGACGACAGAUCGAUCAGGCCACAUCCUUUCUAUCAGAUACACAGAGUAACAGGGAAGAUGGUGGGUACUGCCAGUCAUGAGAGCGUCCAGGCGGGGACCAAACUGCUGGACAUCCCCCUCAACCCUGAGAACAACAUGACUGCACUCAUCGACUGUGCUGGGAUUCUAAAGCUGAGGAACUCGGACAUUGAGCUGAGGAAAGGAGAAACAGAUGUCGGACGAAAAAACACUCGUGUCCGUUUGGUGUUUCGGACCCACCUCCCUCUCGCGCCUCCCGUCGCCCCGCCUGGAAGAGUCCUGGCUCUGCAGGCCGCCUCCCUGCCCAUCGAAUGCUCCCAGCGGUCGGCUCAGGAGCUGCCCGUCAUCGAGUCUGUCAGUCUUACUUCCUGCUCUGUGGAGGGAGGGGAGGAGCUUCUGCUGAGCGGCUCUAACUUCCUGCCAAUCUCCAGAGUCCUUUUCAUGGAGAGAGGGACAGAUGGUAAAUUACAGUGGGAGGAGGAGGCUCACGUUGACCGGGACAACAGCAAUGAGUGUUUGUUGUGUGUGAGGGUCCCCGCCUACAGCGACGUGUCUGUCAGUCGGCCGGUGUCGGUUAGUCUCUACGUCUCCAACGGGAAGAGGAAAAGGAGCAGCACUCACUGCUUCAAGUAUCUGCCCAUUAUGUUCAAAGAGGAGGACCCGCUGCUGUCCCGGCCCUCUGUGCUGCCUCUGGACGGGGGGACUGUGUGUCCUGUGGGGGGUCAACCCAGGAUGGACAGGGGUUUCCACGUGAGAGGCGAACCCAUGGCUGAAGAUCGAGGCCUGGGCUUCCACCUGCCCCCCUACCCCUCCACCUACUCCCCUCCCUGCCCCACUAUGGGUUACCAUGAGGAGUACUGCUCUAAACCCGACGCUGCCGUGGAGGAGCCCGGUGGGUCCAGGGCAGCGCUGUCCGAGCGUCACCCCAGCUUCGAGAACCUGGAGCUGGGCUUCACCGAGCUCCUCCCACCCCUGUACCCCCGCGGCCCGCAGCCUCCCUCCCCCUCCCCUUCCCCGUGGCUGGACUCACCCUACCUGUCCUCCUCGCCCUCUCCCUCCCACUCCUCCUCUCUCAGCCCGUUUCCUGCUGGUAGUCCCAUCUCGACCUCCCCUCUGCCUCCCAUCCCCACCUCCCCUUACCCCCAGUACUCUGCUUAUCCUCAGGAGGUGUGUCCCUCCCCUCCCUCCAACACCAGCCCUUAUCAGGACAUCUGCCCUACACCUUACUCCCACUACGAUGGCUGGGACCCCCAGGGAAGGGUGCUGGGGACGGGACAUGGGGGAGAGAGGGAUGCCAAGAUCCAGGACUGCCCCCUGGAGUUUACCAGCUCUGCCUCUAUGCACCACAUUACAUUUGAAGAAGUGACGGAGUUCAUCGGGGAGGACAUCCAGUCAUACCAGUCAGGCUCACAGAUGGACAACCAGCCAAACUGAGCUCAGAGCAGCUCAUCCCUCGUUUGAUAUUCAGCAUAAUUUUAAAUCCAUUAUGCACUUAGUAUUAAGAUGCAUCGCUCCAGUUACAUGCAAUAUUGACAGGGGAAUUUGAUUAUCAGGACACUGUUGUAAUUAUGACCACAGGCAACUGUUACGGUUUUAUAAAGGGAAACUAAUGUUUUUAACAUGUUUUCAAUAUAAAUUAUACAAGAAAGUG